AUGAAAGAUCGUGGUGAGGAGGAACUAGUACCACAGUGUUUCGGUAAUUCAUCGUUGUUGAAAGAUUUUUCGGAGCCUGCAUGUUCUAUUAUCAUCAAUAGUUCCAAUGUCUGGACUCGAAUGUCUAUUAAUGUGGAUUUGGGAUUUUCCGAGGCAUAUAUGUUGGGAGAAUUAGAAUGCGAUGAUCUCGUAGCUCUUGUUUCCGUAAAUCACCUACCUGCUGAUCUCGAGCAAUUAAUAUACAUCCACAACUUCCACCUCUUCGGAACCGGCAAUAUAUUCCUCCAAUUAAUCCCGCGUCUUCAAAAAGUCCUCUUCAAGCCUUCAAACGACAGUCAACGCGCACUCCAAAAUGCUUCAUCGCAUUACGAUACUUCGAAUGCACUAUUCGCUUCAUUCCUAUCUCCAGACAUGAGUUACUCAUGCGCAAUAUGGGACACCGCUGGGAAAGUUGCACAAGAAACACUCGAAGAAGCACAGAGAAGAAAAGUGCAUAAUAUUAUCGAGAAAGCAUGUAUUAGUCCCGAACAUCAUAUUCUGGAGAUAGGAGGUGGAUGGGCAUAUCUAGCCAUUGAAGCUGUGAAGAAAACUGGAUGUAGGGUUACGGUGACUACACUUUCGGUUGAGCAAAAGAUUUUGGGUGAGAAAAGGGUGGAGGAGGCGGGAUUGAAGGAUAGCAUUGAGAUAUUGCUUUGUGAUUAUAGGGAAACUCCAAAGCCUAGCUCUGCAGGAUUUGAUAGGGUUAUAAGUGUGGAGAUGUUGGAGCAUGUGGGAAAGGAAUAUAUGGAGACCUAUUUUAAGGAGAUUAGCGAGUUGUUGAACCCCGAGCAUGGGGUAAUGGUGAUUCAGGGCAUUACCGUAAACAACAAGCGUUUCCACGCAACUCGAUCCAAGGUCGAUACAUUCAUCGAUCGCUACAUCUUUCCAGGAGGGUAUCUGCCAUCCAUACGAGAACUCAUUGAACGUCUCGAUAACGGAUCUUCAGGAGCCUUAGAGCUAGAGAGCGUUCAAAGUAUCGGUCCUCACUAUGCGCGAACAUUGCGGUUGUGGAGAGAGAACUUUCUCGCCAAUUGGGAAACGACAAAGAAAUUGUAUGCCAAUGAGAGAGAAGAUAUGACGGCAUUGGAUCUCGAGGCUUUCCGAAGAAGGUGGAUUUAUUACUUCAGUUAUUGCGAAGCGGGGUUCCAAGCUGGUAUUUUAGGGGAUCAUGUAAUUAUGGCGAGGAGGCCACAGGUUUUAUCUCCGAGUGGAGUUGUGCCACUUUGA